CGCCAAAAUAAGUUUACAACUCUAUUAUUGUCAUUAUUUAUUAAGUUUAAUUCUGCACAUUUUGGGGGGUGCUUGCUACUGCGCAUCUGGUGAGCCAGUCAAAUUAUAUCGCCAAAAUAAGUUUAUAACUCUAUUAUUGUCAUUAUUUAUUAAGUUUAAUUCAGCACAUUUUUUGGGGGUGCUUGCUACUGCGCAUCUGGUGAGCCAGUCAAAUUAUAUCGCCAAAAUAAGUUUAUAACUCUAUUAUUGUCAUUAUUUAUUAAGUUUAAUUCAGCACAUUUUUUCCAAAGUCAUACUCCUCGCACUUCCAGAAUGAAAGGCUCUGACACACAAUAAACUUUUUUAACUGCUACCCAUCGUAAAGAAAACUAAAUUAUAUUAAUUCAACCAAUGCUUUCUAAGUGUAUAAAGUAACACAUUUAACUAUCCUGUGAGCUUCUGAGUUGCCAUUGUUAAUAAGCUGUUACUAAGCGUUCCACAUUUUUGCGCAUUUGUUUCUCAUUAUGUUCCACAUUAUGGAAAUGAAAGGUUUAGAGCUAUAUUGAGAAGUAUACUUCUACUAAACAUUCCACAUAAUCCCUGUUGUUGCAGCAGGAAGUCAUUUCUCUAGACAGCCCACACUGCUGGUAUUGUUACUGGGAACUGUAAAUUCGAAACGUCAGUUUCCUGCCUAACUUUAAUAAAUGACGGCACACUCUACUGUAUUCUGGAGUAGGUGUAAGACUUAAAAUUGUGCAGUAAAACAUUUAGGUUAACUCAAUUGUAUUUGACAGGGAAUUUUGUAACGCACGUAUGGCAGGGUGUGCUGGUGUUAGCCGAUUAAUUUACGUUAGAGACUUGAGACUUUUUGCGGGAGUCUGUAGGCACAGAUGCUUCAGAAACAGUUACUUAUCUAGGGCGCUGAGCACAGGUGUUAAGGAAAAGGUCUCCAGCAAUACGUCUAAUUUAGGUAGAGGAUUGACUGCAACACUUUUAGCAUAUUUUGGCUUUGAACUGUACAGCAACUUGACUCAGUCACCUGCAGCAUGUGACAGUGACAAAGAUGACAUCAUAGAACAGGCAGAUUACUUGUAUGGCAGUGGAGAAACCAUAAAGCUUUAUCAGUUACUGAUUCAGUACAAAGACAGUGAAAAUGCAGAACUGCUAUGGAGGCUAGCCCGUGCUUCACGUGAUCUUGCCCAGCUGAGCAGUACCUCUGCAGAUAACAAGAAGAAAUUGAUCUAUGAAGCUUUGGCUUAUGCAAAAAAAUCAUUAGAUAAAGAACCUAACUUUGCUGCGCAUAAGUGGUAUGCCAUUUGUAUCAGUGAUGUGGGAGAUUAUGAAGGCACAAAGGCCAAAAUUGCGAAUGCAUAUGUUAUAAAGGAGCAUUUCCAGAAAGCUAUUGAACUAAAUCCCAAGGAUGCAACCUCUAUUCAUCUGAUGGGACUUUGGUGUUUUACUUUUGCUGAAAUGCCUUGGUACCAACAGAAAAUAGCAUCCAUGCUGUUUGCAACACCACCAACAUCUACAUAUGAAGAGGCACUUGCUUACUUCAUCAAGGCUGAAGAAGUGGACCCAAAUUUUUACAGCAAAAACUUACUUAUGUUGGGCAAGACCUACUUGAAGCUUAAGAGUCAAAAGAUGGCCUUAUUAUGGUUAACUAAAGCGAAAGACCACCCAGCAUAUACCGAAGAAGACAAGCAGGUCCAGAAGGAAGCUGUGGAGCUGUUAAAAACGCUUGGUGUUAAGAUUUGAAGCUGAUGAAAAAUAAAUGCUUUUUGUUGUAAAUAGCAGCAGUCUUCCUUUAAUGAGCAUCAGAUGAAGAGGAUACAUUUUAAGAUCUGUAAUUAAUCAGAAAUAAAGUUUUUUUGUAAAGAAUGUCAA